UGCAUGCACUUUCUCCUUGAUGCUCCUGGAGCGCCUCUGCUAUAUCCUCAGCGUGACAGGGAGGCGCAUGCUCCCAAGCCCCCAGACGCAGCCAGCAGUCGGCGGGGAAGCCUUGAAGCAGCCCCAGUGAAGGUGCAAUGGUGAUGAGAGGGCUUUGUCUCAUCCUUUGUCUCUGUCUUCGUGUGAAUGCGCGACGCACGCGGGCAGGUACGCAGCCUCUGCAUCUGCUGCAGAUGCCAGCAUUGAGCUGCACAUGCAGUCAGCCAACAACACAAGUAUCCAGAAGGCGGCUGUGGGUGGGGACGCUCCUCCGGUGACCUAUGGGCUCAGUCUGGGUGACUUGCUGGCGCAGGGAGGGCUGAACGACGUCAUAACCACAGACAAGGUGCACACAUACACACAUACGUCAGGUCUGUCUGUGUCUCCUUCUCCGUAUGUCUGUGUGUGUGUGUGUGCGUGUCUCUCCCUUUCCCUCGUUGGGUUGCAGGGCAGCAUGAAGGCCGGCUGGGUGAUCAUUUAUCUCCUCAGUCAGCUUGGCAAGGCCAUCAAGUCUCAGCAGCCCGUGUUGGACAUAUGUAACAUCACAGGUAGGUGAGCCAGAACCCUUCAUUUGAUGCGGCUGUGUCUGUCUCACGUGCACGUCUGGCCCGCAGAAAGCACCAUUCUGUUCAACUUGCCCCCGCCGACGGGCGACCAGCAUCCAACGUGGAACAAAAACGACGUAAGCAGAUGGAUCACACGUGUCUCCACGUGUGUAUAAUGUUAGAAUGCACCAAUCCUCUGUCUGCAGCUGCUGCCACGGUCGCUGGACAUCGACACACUGACAGUGCGGCUGCACCCCCAGAACUCAUUCCACGAGAGACCCGACACUUACCCGGCUGAUGAGCCAAGACGCUUCCCCUGCUGGGACAUCAUCAGGCAGCGAGACCCCACACUCUCGACCAUAGAAGACGCGCCUGCACUUGCCAUGUAACUAACCAAAGCCACACCCACACACAGACACAGAUGACCAACGUGAUUCGAGUCUCUGAUGAUUGUCUACAGGCUGAUGUACAGGAUAGCCAGUCGAUGGGAGACUACGGAGAUCGACCCACCCGGCGAGCUCCGGGAUCUGGCUAACAUGUUCAGGCCGUCCACCGUGCUGCAGUGCCACCCAUACAUGGGAGUGCUGCGGGAGCAGAACGUCACAUGUUUCCGGUACGUCAUGAUGAAUCUCCACGACCCGAGAUACCUAUUCCACAAGACGUGCUCGCCGGAGGCGCAGAUCGAGGUGUUCGACGUGGCGGCAGAUAUCGCACUGAAUGCCACUGACAAAUGUCUACCCGCCAAUGAGACACACACACAUACACACACACACAUGAGUGGGGUGCUGUGUUGUGUUGUGUUGUUGUGUUGUGUGUGCAUCUUGUGCAGUGGAGAGCAGCAAGCAGGUGGAGUGGGUGCUGAGCUACAAGGAGAUGAUGACGCCGCUCAGGGCCAUAUGUGCAGCGCCACACGUGUACUGCCUCGCCGAACCUUAUGGUACCCUGCCGAACACAGACACAGACACAGACACAGACACACACACACAGAGAGAGAGAGAGAGACCCCUCUCGUGAGUGCCUUUGCCUGUCCACCCAUCCACAGGCGGUGACCUGCAUGGGCUGUCGUCGCUGUGGAAUGAGACAGGCCUCAAGACAAGCAUCGACUCAGCCAUCCAGAUGCAAUACGAGGCCUUCCAUGUCCGCGACAAGGACGGCACCCCCCAUCGGCUGCAGAUAAUGCACGGAGUUAAUGAGUUUGCCGUCGCAGUGCUGCUCGGCAGCGGUGCUGCCGCGACAGGCGAUGUGACAGUGGUAGAGGGCGGCUCGGGGAGACGCAUCACGCUAGACGGUGAGUAGGGACGGAGGAGCCUCCCAUCCCCUGCACAAAUCCACGUGUCUGUGCCUCUGUCUCCGCCCGUCAGGCAGGGCGGCCCCUCUGCAGGUUGUCAUCAAGGGUCCGUUAAGACGCAGUCUAGAGCCAUCCCGCUAUGGCCCAGCUCUGCUGCCGGAUGACCGACAGCAGCAGGUUGUCAAUGAAGAGCUGUUUUUGAACGAGACACAAGGUGAGCAAGUGCAGGCACCGACAACCCAUGUGUGGGUCGAUCUCCAUCCAUCCAUGUGUGUGUAUGCAGCGUAUGAGGCGUUGUGGAGCAGCCGGAAGAUAGGUGGCCUGGCUGACGAUAAGGGAAAUCUCCGCGAGACUUGGCCGAGGGUGCCUCGCUUCUACAAAAUGACGGGCGACAGAAGGACUCCUGUCCUCGACGGUCAGGCGAACAAACGCCCAUAUUCCAAAGGCACCAUCUCCGUGCGCUUGCAGAUUUCCUUGUAAUUCCCGUCUUUGACGGCACGAGCAUCUAUGACAUUCAGCGGCACACGGACCUAAAUGAGAGGAUGCAGCAGCCACCGCGGGAAGGACAGGCAGAGGGAGUGUCCCUUACCGUGGGCGUCUACCUGUUGCUGCUGCUGACUCAGGUGGCCAUAACACUGAAAGCCGAUCCCGCAAACACGUGGCACCACUGCCAACUGUAAGCUAGCUUUGUAAGCUUUGUAAGUGCACUGUCCGGAGGGUUGGGACAAACGUCCUUGUGCGUGUGGUUGGCUUGGCUGCUGCAGGCAUCCAGACAAUGUGCUGCUGCCGCGGCUGUCGGCACAAGAGCUUGAAGAGAGACAACGGUCGAACCAGCCCACCUUUUACGCCAAGACCAGAAAGCACGAUAACAUCCCACAGGUGAGGGAAGAGACAGAGACACAGAGAGCGAGAGAGAAAGGGGCACCCACCCAACCAGUGUGUCUCGAUCCCCUUGUACUGUAGGCGUUUUCUGGCUCUCUGUCCGUCAAAGAGACCAUGCGGCUCGGUCUGUCCACCAUAUUCAAAGACGACCCCACCGAGAGCUACACCGCCUUCCCCUGCAUCGAGCACCGGGGCGUCCAUCCCAAUGUGUUCAUAGGCGACGACGCCGCGCACGUGUGCGCUUCCAUUCUCAAGAUGACGGACACCAUGUGGCACCAACACCCUGCAAACAUCGACGCCGCGCGGCAGCUGUGUGUGGACAGGGAGAAGUCGUGUCUCGCUGUGGCGGUUGACGUCUUCAAUGGGACGCGGCCAGACGUGUUGCCGGCUGAGCAGGUGCAGACGGCUAUCGAGGCGUAUGGGAAGAAACAUGCACAGCGGCAGGAGGGGCCUCUGCCCUGUUCCCGCGCUGGACAGCUGGCGCUGCUGCAGAGCAUAAGGGACGCAUUGUCCCUCAUGCUCUGACCGAGCACAUGAAUUGACGUCAGAUGUCUUGAUUUGAUUCCAUCGUGUGUGCGCGCCUCUGUGUCUUGUGUCAACCUGUGUGUGGGGAUGGAUGAGCACGGCAGUGGCAGCAGUGUGAAGUGAACGCAUCGCAGUCAAAUGGAAGGACGGACCGAGGAGAGAGACGGAGACAGGGAUGGUUGUGACUGCCCUGACGAUUGUGUGUGCAGUGCAGGUGUGGCACCUGGUGACAUGUCGGUUAGAGAUUCUUACAGGGAGUGAUAAGUAGACACUAGGACUUACCUCGGACUACGACUUAGGCCGAUGGAUGGAUGGAUGCCCGGGGUAUGAGCGUGGGGUAUGUGUGUGGCAGACGGAUGGACAGAUUUGCGUGUGUCCUGUCCUGCAGUCAGUCAGU